CAUCUCCUUCACUCCCUAACCGUCUUCAUUGAUUUUCUCGAGAAGAAGUCUGAGACUUUGCUUGUGGGUUUGGGACAGGACAAGCGAAUAUGCCUAGAAGAGAUCUAGAAGGAGGAGGAUCGAAGAACAGAGACUUCUCUGCUUCUUCUUCCCAUGGCUAUGAUCCAGAAACUCAGUGGACUUCAUGGCUGGUUCCGAUGUUCGUAGUGGCCAAUGUUGGGGUUUUCAUUGCGUCCAUGUACGUUAACAAUUGUCCUCGUAACAAUCUGGGUUUUCAAGGAGACUGUGUGGCCAGGUUCCUCGGGAGGUUGUCGUUCCAGCCUCUGCAAGAGAAUCCCCUGUUUGGCCCUUCUUCUUCAACAUUGACAAAGAUGGGAGCUUUGAAAUGGGAUAGUGUUGUGAAUCAGCACGAGGGAUGGAGGCUUGUGUCUUGCAUAUGGUUGCAUGCUGGAGUGAUCCAUUUAGUUGCAAACAUGCUGAGCCUUGUGUUCAUUGGCAUUCGCCUUGAACAGCAAUUUGGAUUUGUGAAGAUAGGAAUAAUCUACCUGUUGUCUGGAUUUGGAGGGAGCGUGCUGUCUUCUCUGUUUAUCAGAAACAACAUAUCAGUGGGUGCUUCAGGGGCUCUUUUUGGACUUCUUGGAGCAAUGCUUUCUGAACUCAUCACAAACUGGACCAUUUACACCAACAAGGCAGCAGCAUUGGUGACACUAGUGGUGAUAAUAGUGAUAAAUCUUGGGAUAGGAAUACUACCCCAUGUGGAUAAUUUUGCACACAUAGGAGGAUUCACGACAGGUUUGUUGCUGGGUUUCAUCUUGCUGCCUCGUCCACGGUUCGGUUGGGUAGAGCAAAACCAUCUUCCUGCUGCUGCACGCCUCAAGUCCAAAUACAAGCCUUACCAAUAUGUUCUUUGGAUUAUCUCUCUCGUUCUUCUCAUUCUUGGGUUAAGCAUUGGGACGGUGAUGCUGUUCAAGGGAGAGAAUGGUUAUGAUCACUGCCACUGGUGCCAUUACUUGACUUGUGUCCCAACUUCAAGAUGGAAAUGCAAUGAAUCUUGAACAUUGCUGUACUUGUGUUCAUCCUAGCUUAUACACAAACUCAGCAACUUUUAUUUGAUAUCUAGUUCACAUUAAUUAGCCCUUGCUUUAUCUUACAGCAAUUAUGUGCGCUUACGUGAAGAAUUUAUUUGUGACCUUUGUUUUUGUAAGAUAUCAAUAAAGAGAAAUGUUAAUUACGUUUGCUAUCUCAAUAUUAAUA